AUGUCAUUCCUAAGAAAUUACUUUGGCACCUCGAAGCCUGCCCCGGCACCAAAGGAGGAGGAGAAGGAGAACAAGAGGCCCGUCCGUGCUCUUCCUGCUUCCUGGUACACCUCUGAAGACAUGUACGAGCUUGAGCGACGCGCCAUCUUCUCACGGAAAUGGCUCCUCACGACGCACAAGCACCGCGUCCCCAACGCUGGCGACAUGGUUCGCUACACCACCGCUGGCUAUGAAUAUGUCAUCAUGAAGGACCAGGAUGAGAACAUCAGUGGCUACGAGAGCAACAGUCUCAAGCCCAUCCACGUCCACCUUGACUGCAACGGUUUCAUCUGGAUCAACUUGGACGCUGGCGAGAAGCCCGAGAUCUCCUGGGACGACGACUUUGAAGGCGUCGACACGCAGCCGCGCUACCAGUUCUACAACUUCGAGGAGUAUUCCUUUGACCACACCUGGGACAUGGAGGGCGACUUUAACUGGAAGAUCCUCGCCGACAACUACAACGAGUGCUACCACUGUCAAGUCGCGCACCCGGAUAUCCCCACCAUUGCCGAUCUGAACUCGUACUACGUCAAGACGAAAGACAACCAGAUCCUGCACUACGGUGCCCAGCGACAGGACCAGAUCGAGAAGGGAUUCCGAAUUGCAACCACCUACUUCUGGCCCAACGCCUCUUGCAACGUCUCCCCGCACUUCUUCUUCAUGCAGCGCUUCACCCCAAUCAGCCCAGGCAAGUGCGUCAUGCGCUACGAAGUCUACCGCAACAAGAACUCCAACGACGAGCAGUUCACGACCAUCAGCGACAUGUACAAGCGCAUCAUGACCGAAGACAAAUACCUCUGCACGCACUCGCAGAAGAACCUCAACGCGGGCAUCUUCGUCAACGGCGAACUGCACCCGGAGAUGGAGAAGGGGCCCAUCCACUUCCAGAGCACCGUCCGUGACAUUGUCACCGCGCACCACAAGAAGGAGCUCGCUGCCGGCCAUCAGAUCUCGCCUGCCUACCGGGGGCCUGUUAGCCAGGAUAGCACUACCGUAUCAGCGGGCUUUGAUGCCGGCAGUGCGGAGCUGAGUGACCUGAAGAUGAACGUGGCUCAGGUACAGGUGACCGAGUUGCAGGUUUAG